AUGCCAUGGAUCUCCAAGAUCGCUGCCCAGCAACUCAUCACCGCUGCAAACGGCAGGCUACGCGCUACGCAGUUAUCCAUCCUCGUCACCGAGGUCCUGCGCUACGCCCAAGACCGCGUCCAAGACAACAUCAUCAGCCAAUCCGACCAAUACCGCUUCGCCAUAUCCAAGAUCAUCUGCUCCUGCCCCUCCCGCUGCCUCACUCGCGCGCAAGCCGACACCGCCGGCAAUAUAUUGGGCAACUACAUUGUCAAAAGCGAUGGUCGAACCGGACGAUUUACAAAUGCUUCACCCUCAGCUAGCUUUGAAGAACAUUGGUUUGUCUGCUUCGACCCUGACGCCUUCCUCGCCGAGUACGAAUUCAGCUACGAGCGUUAUUUCCUCGACAACUUCACGUCCACCCAACCCCCCUACACAUGGCAAAAAUACUGGAACCACGUCCAUGCCGUGCUGGACUCAGAAUAG